AUGUUGGGAAUUUUCUUCUCUAUUGCAUCCUGCAGAAGCUUAAGGCAUGCCAGAAAGAUGAGAAUGCCAAAGCAAGCUGUUCCAUCUACAAAUGGAUGCUGGACUGACACGAACUACUACACCACAGGUUAUUAUCCAGACGAUAGCCCAAUGGAAGGCGGAUAUUUCGAUUGCUUAGGAAACCCACUUAAGACACUCCAGAUGUACAUGGCAGGCAGUUCAAACUAUGUCUCACUUGCCGUUGAUAAAAGCAUCAUUCCACUUCGCUCCGUCGUUAACAUCGAUGGAUACUACAGAUACGGAUCCCCAGUCGUCUUCUGGGCAUGUGACGUUGGUGGUGCCAUCAAGGGCAAGCACGUUGACAUUUGCACUGCUAAUGCUCGUGAGGCUAACAAGGUCACACACAGAGGUGUCACAAUCCAUGUCUGUGACAGAAGAUACUUCUAA